AUGAAUAUUUUUAAACGAAUUUUCAAUGUUUUGAACAAAAUAGCAUUAGCUAAUGAUGUUCGAAUUAUUUGGUUAGAUACUCAUAUCGGCCAAGAAAAAGGAUAUGAGAAUUUAAAAAAAAUGCUUUGUAAGACAUUAGAAGAAGCUGAUGCAGUUUCACCAGAUACAAUCAAUGUACUUAUUUGGACUUUAGAACAGAGUGUUGCACAAUUUUUAUUCGCUCAUACACCUGAAAAGGCAAAAGACCUUAUUGAAAUUCAUCAUGAUAAACAAAUUAUAUUCAUUCCAUCCGAAUUCCUUGGCAAGAAAAUAAUUCCAGAACUCAUUCGCACUUAUUCUUACAUUUAUCGAUAUUAUUUCUUUUGUGAAAAUAUCACAAAUUAUGUUGAAUUUGGUUUAGAUUACAUAUCUUGUUUAUAA